CCUCCUUCAAUGCGGGGAAACAGUGCACAAACAGCACCAAGAACCCCGAGCUAGCGCUGCGUUUGGCACUCCAGUUGGCGGUUCGGUCGCUGUUUUGGGGGCGGAAUUGGAAAACCUGGGGAAGAAGCUCAUCCCCGGAGAACCGGGGCAAUGAACGAGAGGAGACAGGGAAGGGAUCGGGGGGCGAAAGGUCGCAACAUCAGCUUUCUCAAAGCACAUGAUAAAGUGAGCUUUAUAACUGGUUCUCGUUUCGAGUGACAGCCGUGGGAAUAUAUCAAUUACCAGAUACCCUGCUCGGUUCUCCAUCCACUUUCUCCCUUCCAACAUCCAACAAAUCUACCAGAACCACCGGGUACAGUUGUCAACUCGGAAAAGCAGCCCACCACAUCUGAGCACCCAGGAGACAUCACACUCACCAUCAGAAAGAAAGCACACCAUGGCGCCCCGGCAGAAACGCGAAAAGGCGCCUUGCUACGUCCUCGGCGUCGGCAUGACCAAGUUCAUCAAGCCGCGCGGCAAGGUCGACUACACGGAGCUGGGCUUCGAGGCCGGCGUCAAGGCCAUGCUCGACGCCCAGAUCAACUACGACGACGUCGAGCAAGGCGUCGCCUGCUACUGCUACGGCGACAGCACCUGCGGCCAGCGCGUCUUUUACCAGUUCGGCAUGACGGGCAUCCCCAUCUACAACGUCAACAACAACUGCUCCACGGGCUCCACGGGCCUCGCCAUGGCCCGGAGCUUCGUCUCGUCCGGUGCCGCCGACUGCGUCCUCGUCGUCGGUUUCGAAAAGAUGAUGCCCGGCUCGCUGCAGAGCUUCUUCAACGACCGCGAGAACCCGACCGGCACCACCAUCAAGAUGAUGGCCGACACGAGGGGCAUCACCAACGCCCCUGGCGCCGCCCAGAUGUUUGGCAACGCCGGCAGGGAGUACAUGGAGAAGUACGGCGCCAGGGCCGAGGACUUUGCCGAGAUCGCCCGCGUCAACCACGAGCACUCAACAAAGAACCCCUACUCGCAGUUCCAGGACGUCUACACGCGCGACCAGAUCCUCCAGGCCCCCGAGAUCUUCGCGCCCCUCACCAAGCUGCAGUGCUGCCCGACCUCGGACGGCGGCGCCGCCGCCGUGCUCGUCUCCCAGGCCUUCCUCGACGAGCGGCCCCACCUCCGGGACCAGGCCGUCCUCAUCGCCGGCCAGUGCCUCGCCACCGACGCGCCCUCGCUCUUCUCCCGCUCCGCCAUCGACCUCAUGGGCUUCGAGAUGACCCAGACCGCCGUCCGCACCGCCAUGGCCGAGGCAGGCCUCACCCCGCGGGACGUCCAGGUCGUCGAGUUGCACGACUGCUUCUCCGCCAACGAGAUGAUCGUCCUCGACGCCCUCGGCCUCGCCGAGCCGGGCAAGGCUCACGAGCUGGUCCGUCGCGGCGACAUCACCUACGGCGGCAAGUACGUCGUCAACCCCUCGGGCGGCCUCAUCUCCAAGGGCCACCCGCUCGGCGCCACGGGCAUCGCCCAGUGCGCCGAGCUGGUCUGGCACCUGCGCGGCUGGGCCAACAACCGCGCCGUCCCGGCCACCACGGCCGCCCUGCAGCACAACCUGGGCCUUGGCGGCGCCGUCGUCGUCACGGUGUACCGCCGCGCCGACGGCAAGGAGGCGCCCAGGCUCGACUCGGCCACCGUCGGCAAGCUCAAUAAGCUCGGCUACAACCCGGCCGUCGAGGCCAAGGGGUUUACCGCGCAGCAGGCGGCGGCCGUUAGAAGCCGCACCAAGACGAGCGAAUGGGCGCUGCAGGAUACGGAGGAGAAGGUUGAGGCGCGAUUCUGAG